CUGCGGCUGAACCGCGACCACCCCAACUGUGCGCGCUUUGAGGCGGCGCUGGGCAUGGAUCCGCUGCUGGACCUGAAGCUGGUGGGGGCGGACUGGCAGAUGCGCGUCCAGGGCCCGGCCAACCGCUGGCAGGACCACGUGGUGCUCACCACGCUGCCGCGCGGCGGCGAGGAGGACGUGCUGUCGCCCGCGGAGGCGGCGCGGCUGUUUGAGAGCCAGCUGGCGGAGUCGCUGCUGGAGAAGGACGGGCAGCUGGCGCUCAAGAAGCUGGCGGCCGCCACCGUGGAGACCCUCAUGCCCAAGAUCGAGAGCCGCGGGCAGUUCGGGCAGGCGCGGUGGCGCCUGGUGAGCGCGCCGCAGAUCCCGAACCUGCUCUCGCUGGACCCCACCUCCGACCCCUUCCAGUCCCUCGCCAACCUCUCCUUCGGCGCCGAGGUGGAAAUCCAAAUCGGCAACAACCUUCAG